AUGGAUCACCGUGAGGAUGAGGAGCAGUCACCUGAUCGUACAGUCCUGCCCACCGGAAGCCCGGACGUGGUGGAGGAGCCAACCCAGGGUCAAGAGGUCGACAGUGGAGAUGAGUGGGACACUGACCUGGAGACAGACAUUGGCACCCAUCAGAAGCCGUGUUGGUCCGGUGCGGCGCUGUACCUGCAGUCCUGCCGGGACACGGGCUCGGUCCCCGUGUCCUCCUUCCUCCGUCACCUGGGUGAAGCCGAGCUCAACCUGAACCACUAUGGGGUGGGACCUCUGGGAGCCAAAGCUCUGGCCAUCGCUCUGCAAAAUGACCUCACCAUCACUAACCUGGAGCUGGAGGACAACGCCCUGGGGGCGGAGGGGGCGCGCCACAUGAUGGAAAUGCUUCAAACGAACAUGAGCAUCGAGAGUCUGAACCUUUCCAACAACAAGCUGCAGCUCGAAGGAGCCGACAUCGUCUCCAAAAGGAUGUCGAGCAACUUCUACAUCAGAUCCAUCAAGCUGUCAGGCAAUGGCUUUGAUGAUUCUGCAGCCCAAUACUUUGCUGACGCUUUAGAGGGAGACCAUCUGAUCAAAGAGCUGGACCUCAGUCACAACAAGAUCGGUGUAACAGGAGCUCAACACCUGGGUCACAUGUUAGCCACAAAUACGGGCAUACAAGUCCUAAAUUUGAGCUGGAACCAUCUUUGCAUGGGCAGCGCGGCGGCUUUGAGUGACGGACUGAAGGUGAACUCCACCCUGAAGCAGCUGCUGCUGUCGCACAACGGUUUUGGCCGCAUCGAGGCGAAGCCUCUGGGUCAAGCGCUGAAACUGAACAGCACGCUGGAGCUGCUGGACCUCAGCAGCAACCUCGUAGACAACGAGGCCGCGGCCCUCCUCUGCCAGGGCCUGGCCACCAACGACGCCCUGCGGGUCAUCAAGCUCUCCCAUAACCCCCUGACCAGCAUCGGAGCUCUGUCGCUGCUCAAAACCAUUACGAAAAACACAAAUUCAGCCGUGGAGGAGAUGGAUAUUUAUACAGUUUUUGUUUGUGAGAGCUUUGUGGAGCUGUUGGAUGAAGCCCGUCAGAGGCGUCCUGGUCUGGCUGUCCGGCACAGCGUCAUGAGCUCCGUAACCAGGAACACGUCGGCCCUCGGGGUCUUUCAGAAAUUCCUCAAAGAGCGAAAUGAGAGCAUCGUGGACUUCUUCCAAGCUUUGGAUGAAGAAGGAACCAUGAACGUGUCCACCGCGGCCUUCAGGAAGGCUGUGAAGGAAGCGAACGCACCUCUGGAUCAGCGGCAGCUCGAGUGGUUGAUCGAGAAGUUCGAUGAGAACCGCAAAUACACCAUCGACUUCAGUCAGUUUGCCGAGUUGUCGUAGACGCAGAGACGUACGGCUCCCAUGAGGAUUG